AUGUUCCAAAGUAAGUUCAAUUUGUUUAUGUAAAUUUGUAAUAUUGAAAUUGGAGUAUAUACUUAUAUUUAUAAAAUAUGUAUUAUUGGUAAGACACAUAUAUUAAUAGUAGGUACCCUGUUUUUAGGAGUACAAUCAGUAGGCUCUGUUCAUACUGUAGCCAGUGAAAUAUUAAGAAUUAGGUAGGUACUAUAUUUUAUAAUAUAAUCAUGAAUUCAUAACAUUUAUUAUUGUUCUUUAACUUAAUUGUUUUUGAAAUUAAUGAUAUAUACAUUUUAUAAUGGUUAUUAAUUAUUUGAUUUGUUUUAGCAAUGAAAUUGUUGAUUCAGUUAGAAGUGUGAAUGCAACACUUAUCGACCAAUGUGCAACCAUUCAAAAAGUUAAAGAUUUUAAUGAAACUUUAGAACGAAUUGAUGGAGUCUUGCACAUUUUACAACCACCUAGUUCUUCAGACAUUUAUGUGUAA